GUGUGUUAAGUGUUUGAUUUUACGGCUCACUAUUUAAUAGGACGAAUCUAUUAAAUAGGACGCAUACAUACCCACAGUCUGGCUUUACACUGAAACGUUAAUCUCUUAAAUCUUAAUCAAUAAACCUACCUGGUGUAUGUGUGUCAGGUAAAUAAGCAGUCUACACUGAACGUUCACUGUUGUCAUGGAGCUUACUGGUGUAAAACUAUCAAUCUUUGCUGUAGUUGUUGCGUUUAUAUUAUACAGAUAUACAGUGAAAAAUACCAAACUUACAGUGGAUACAGUAAACCUUACUUAUGACUAUAUAAUUGUGGGCGGUGGCUCCGCCGGGUGUGUACUAGCAGCCCGACUGUCGGAAGACCCGGAAACAAGAGUUUUGUUAAUUGAAGCGGGCGGGGAAGAGACGGAAAAUGCCAAUAUUUCCAUUCCAGUACAGGCCCUGGCCGUCUGGAAGACGCGAUGGGACUGGGGUUAUAGAACAACGCCUCAGAAAAACUCAGGAUUUGCGCAAAUUGGUGGGAAAAAUCGCCACUUCUGGCCGAGAGGCAAAGUUCUUGGAGGAUCCAACAAUUUGAAUCUCAUGAAUUACGUCAGAGGGAGUCGGCAUGACUUCGAUGAAUGGAUGGAGCUUGGAUGUGAAGGCUGGGGUUAUCAAGAUGUACUUCCAUACUUCCUGAAAUCAGAAGACAUGCAAAUUGAUGACCUCAAGAAUUCCAAAUACCACAGGGCAGGAGGACCUCUCGCUGUCAUGAAAGACACUGAGUUCCCGAUAUGGAAGAGGUUUGUAGACGCAGGAAAAGAGUUAGGGUACUCGGAAGUAGACUUCAAUGGUGAAGAACAAAUCGGUUUUGCAGCAAGCCAGAUCAAUGUUAGAGAUGGAUCCCGUGCUAGUACAGUGUCUGCAUUUUUAAGACCGGCGAUGAGUAGAGAUAAUCUACACGUGGUAGUAAAUGCUCAUGUAACAAAAAUCAUUAUCGAAAGCAAAGUAGCAAGAGGCGUUUAUUUCGUUAAGGACAAUAAGAAGCAUGCUGUAUAUGCUGAUAGGGAAGUCAUCCUGUCGGCAGGAGCAAUAGGCUCGCCGCAGAUAUUGAUGUUAUCCGGAGUGGGGCCUCAGACACAUCUGGAAAAUCUCAACAUACCAGUCAUCAUGGACUUACCAGUAGGCCAAAACAUGGAGGAUCAUGUGUAUUCGUUCAUACCCGGAAUAAUGAGUUCACCAGAAGGACUCACGGGACCAAGAGCCGCGUCCCUCUCGUCUGUUUCACAGUAUCUCUUAUUUGGAUCUGGGCCUUUGUCUUCCACGGGACUAGUAGGGACGGCUUUCCUCAAAUCUUCCAAAUGUAAAACCAAAUACCCCGAUUCACAGUUCCAUCUUUUUGCAUCUCUUCCGAUAAAAGAGUUAGCUCAUUAUUCUUUAAACAAAAAAAACGGUUUGUUCCCUAAUGAGUGGACUGACGGCUUUGCCCUUUUAACAAUUCUUCUCCAUCCUGCUAGUAAAGGUACUAUAAUGUUAAAGAGCAACGAUCCGUUUGAUUACCCAGCAAUUGACCCUAAUUACUUUGAAAAAGACGAGGAUAUGCAACAAAUGAUAGAACUCAUGAAAAAAGCCUUGGAAGUGUUGAAAACUAAACCAUUCACCGAUAUUGGAAGUCAUUUUAACAGGUUAAAUGUACCAGUAUGUAACCAUACGAAAUAUCUGUCCGACGAACAUCUAAAAUGUUUCAUACGACAUUUUGCUGUAACUCUGUAUCAUCCUACAUCAACAUGCAGAAUGGGUUCACGAGAUGACCCAAACUCUGUCGUCGAUCCCCAGUUGCGUGUGAAAGGCAUCAGGAACCUACGAGUGGUGGAUGCCUCUGUCAUGCCCCAUGUAACAUCCGGAAACACAAAUGCUCCGACUAUCAUGAUUGCGGAAAAGGCUGCGGAUAUGAUCAGAGGAAUUGACAGCGUGGAGGAGUUGCGCAAAAGGUGGAAAGAAACAUGAUGACUUUUGAGAAUGAAUACUUAGCGUCGAACUCAUAUUGGUUGCGUUUACUGAAUUGGCCGGUUUCGAAAAAUUCGUAAAUUCACAAGUACAUGUUUAUAGUAUGUAUCUGCAUAAACUGGUCGCCUUCGUGUACAUGUUAAACGUUAUGGGUGUAGCUGAAAUCACGUGUACGGUGACGAAAUCACUCAUGCUACUCGGCAUGUAUAUAACACAUAACACACACUGCACAUACAGUAGUUGUACAGUAGUACAUAUAUGUACUGUGUAUAUGAUUGCUUUUGCCUUGACUUUAUAUCCCUACAGUUGUGUCUUUUUGUUCAAACUAAAAUAUUGAGUUUUGAAACACGCUCACCUUACGGGAUCCGAUGUACAAUUCCACUUGUUGUAUAAUCUGUCAUUGGCAAUAUUGCUAAAUAUGAUACGUGGGGACCCUUUACGGUUUUGAUAGCAUUUUAAAAGGUAUCACUAUCUGGUUACUAUUAUGUUAAAUAAAUGGCCGAAAAUCCACUUUAGAUAAAGAUAUUGCAGUGUGUGUUUUUGUUCUUUGAUUCAACUGAAAUCCGACGUGAAACUUCCAAUUCAUCAAUCUUUCGAUGCCAAAAUAGAUGUUAUAUUUGUGUUUUCUCUUCAUACAAACUCUUUUCAAUGCUACCAAAAUAAAUUUGUGUCACCAGGACCGGUCUUCAUAUAACAUUUUAAAUGUUUUUAACAUGAAAGUGUGUAUUUUGAAUCUAAUCAAUGAUAAUAGAGUACGAUAUUAUGUAGCGAUUAUAUCAUAUGGUAAGUGAGAUAUGAACUUAAGUAAUUGACUUAAGUAAGGCCAUGACUUAAGGUGUUUUAUGAAUACCGGCUCAGACAUCCGCCAUUCACAUUGUCGUACAUCGGAUACGAUAAGGUCUUCAAAAUACCGGAAGAGAUCUAUCUAUCUGUCGUAUGACAGUCCAAUCAGCUUAAAGAUCUUAGAUUGUUUCCGUCCGGGAUCUGAUCUCGCUUUAGAAACCCUAACUGUGUACUUAUAAAUGUAGAUAAAGUAUUGUAAUUAUUAUAAUUAUUAUCUAUUAUGAAGCAUAUUGAAAUAAACCCAAAAAAACCCACAAAGAGUGAUUGUGACUUCUGUGAAGGCCAUGUCACUCUGAAUGAACGAAGAAACGAAAAUUUAUUUCAAUAAAAGGGCCCAUAAUACACGUUACAAUGCAAAUCAAAUAUAUCAAAAUGCAUAUAUAUAACUAAAUAAGAGUUGUGUCUCUUGGUUAAUAAAGUUUAAGUGUUUUCUAUAGCUAAUAGAGUUAAUGAACGUA